UCAUGCACCGCGGUAGCAUACAACAUACGAACAGAGCCAUCUUGUCACGGAGUCAGUGAGGCAAUAGUGCUGCCCUUGUCGUUGUAUCCUCGUUAUUCUAAAACUGUGACGCUCUGGGCCUUUUUUUUUCCUUUCCUUCGCUCGACCGUAAAUGCGUUUAUGGUAAGUGAGCGGUGAAGCGCGUGGACAGUGCGUGGGGGAGUGCUUUGGAGAAGAUGUCUCGCUUACUAGUUCCGACGUAGGGGGGAGUGUGCGGCAGCCAGUUGGCUUGACUCGAUAGCUUUUUGCGAGGGCUGCGGGGCCCUCCUCAGCCCUCGAGUAGUUCCCUCUCGUAGCGGCGGAGCACACUCGACAGCGGCACCGACUCGGGGAGACGAGCAGGCAAGGCAAGGACGGCGCCCCCGGACUUUGAGGCAACUCCGUCCGGCAUUUGGACGUCGUCUGCGGGGUGAUCGCAUCCGGAGACGUGAAAGGGAUGGCGCAGAUUCACCUCAGUUACUUUUAAUCCUAAAAUAUGACCUAGUCUGCCGCUCAGUAACUCUUGGAUCAAUUUUGACACCCAGAAAACCACAAAACCACCUGAUGGACAGGACGUAAAUUGGCCUGCAGAGUAAUUGUCAGCCUCUCCUUUUCUGGUGGAGCAGGAUCUCGACACACUCGAGGUGAGGAAUCAGCCUGGAACUAUGUCGAAAAUGCCGGCCAAGAAGAAGAGCUGUUUCCAGAUCACAAGUGUCACUCAGGCCCAGGUGGCUGCUAUUGGGGCAGCGGACGACACAGAGAGCCUUGAGGACCCGGAUGAGCCCCGUGCCGAGGAUGUGUCGUCAGAGAUGUACGGUGUGUCCCGGACUGAGUAUGAGACGGCGUGUGACAGGACUUCAUCCGAAGAAGUGUUGAAUAACGUCGGCGAGGCAGAAGCGACCGGAGUUGUGGCGCCGUCGCAUUUACCUCACUUCUCUGUGCUGUCAGUCAAUCCCUUGGGGGAGUUCCGGAAAACACUGGUGCCCGGUACGGCUCUUGGCGCACAGCAACAGGCUGCCCCGACGUCCAGUCCUGGGCCUGUCAUUGUCUCCGUAAAUGUCUCCCAUCCCGCUACAGUGCCCAGUCCGGGUCCUCCUGCUGCCCCCGCUGCCUCCACAGUGACCUGUACUUCCCGUUUCAGGGUCAUCAAACUUGACCACGGUACUGGAGAACCCUUCCGAAGAGGCCGGUGGAUGUGUACAGAGUUUUAUGAGAAAGAGUCAGAUGGUUCUGCAGUGAAUCGGACUGUUGAUGGCAUGAGGAGGGACGCCAGCGCACUGUCCGAGGCUGCUGCAGACAGAGACAGUGGGCUUGGGCAGACCGGCGGCUCUGUAAUUGCCCCGAUAACACACACAAGCCAGGCCUCCGGUGCUUCACCAGAUGUCGUCCGCUUGCAUCCAGCCGAGACGUCCGCGCAUCAGAACUUCAUCACCCGGCAACAUGCUGUCAGCGGGUCUGGCCCGCAGAUUGCACUAACCAGUAGCAAGUCCACAUCUGUCCCAGUCCAGCCUGCAGUGGCGAGUCUCCAACCCGCCGCAUCCCAGAACAUUGGAAACGGAUUGCCUCACAUGCAGAGGCCCCCCAUCUUGCCUGCAUCAGCCCAGACGCAACCUUACCAACUCUCUGUGGGACAUCACCAGACUGAGUUCUAUCAACAGCAGUCUGGACUCACUGCCGGCCAGUCACUGUCGGUGUCCGGCCAGUCCGCAGGGCCACAGACAGUGGGACAAGCAACCUCUCCUGCUAUGCCCCAGGGGUCUACAGGAAUUUCUACUCCCAGUCAUUUUGGGGACGUCGCUGGCGGCGGAAAAGUUAUCCCCGGACAGACAGCUCAGAGCCAGACCAUUGAAAUGGGAAGCGUCGCGGGCUCCGCAUUGGGCGGGGGAUCUCCUCACGGUCAGUAUGCCACCACCGGACAGUCCAAACCCCACGGCGACCACCCCGCAUCUUCUAGUGUACAAAAUGUGCCUGUCACUGCAGCGAGCUCCGGACUGACCCCUGCUGUGCCAACUGCUGUGCCCAGUGCCUCCACCGCAGCCGUGCCAACGGUGACAGCAGCUAGUUUGACUUCAGGUCAGAUGAGUCAAGGCAAAACUGCAGGGGCCUUGGCGGGGCACAGCCUCCUUACAACCGGAUUUGGACAGUUUGAGGGGGGCGGCGUAAGGAAAUCCGACGGGGUUGUAAAUGCACAGUCGUUUGGGAAGGAUCUGGUGAAGCCCCUCAUGCCCGAGAGCCUACAGCUCGCCGCCCCAACUGUCAAUAGCCUGUUUGGAAUCCACAUACCUGUCGACGGGGAUGAGGAGAGGAACCCCUCCAAGGCUUUCUACCAGGCCUUCCAGUCUGGCACCAGAUUAAGGGACUCAAAGGCCCACAGUGAUAGUGCCUCUGGAACAAAUAUUGUUGCCAUUGAUAAUAAAAUUGAACAGGCCAUGGACCUGGUGAAAAGCCAUCUGAUGUACGCUGUGCGGGAGGAGGUGGAGGUCUUAAAGGAGCAGAUCAAAGAGCUCUUCGAGAGGAACUCUGUGCUGGAGCGGGAGAAUGCCGUGUUGAAGUCUCUGGCCAACAGCGAGCAGCUCUCGCAGCUUCCCGCCCAGUCUGGGGGUGCUUCGACCGGCCCCGCACCGACGGCACCGCCGCCUCAGUCUCAGCCCUCGCUGCCCCCACAGCAGCCGGCGGCCGGGCUUCCGUCUCAAACGCAGCAACAGCAACAGCAGCAGCAGCAACACCCGAAGGCCCCGCAGACUCAUCCUCAGCUCGACGCAAGCCAACAGCAACCCAACGUCACCUCAGCUUGACAAAACGUGCUACGGGUGUAAACAAACCCAAGAGACAUUACCAUUACGGUCAACCCCCGGCUAUUCACGUGGGAUCGGGACGGAGCCCUGUGGCCAAUUGCGAUGCCAACCCAAAACUUUAAUCCAACUCAUCGUUGCCCUUAAAAUAAAAUGGCUUCCGGAUGAUUGGAUUUAUACAAAUUGCACCGGAAGUAAUGAAGAUAACUUCAUUUUACAGCACCUCUAAAAAAGAAAAAAAUAAGUGUUUACAAAGUGCUUUAACAAAAACCAGAGACCAUCCAUGAAACAGAACGAUACCCACAAUCACAAGCAUAAAGGUGUACUAGAAACAGUAUCGAGAUGAGACCUUUUUUUUUUUUAGCUCAGGCAAGCCUUUCCGCUAACAACCCUGGCAAAACGUAGCUCCUUCCUGACCUUCGAAUUCAAUUCACUUCAACCUACCCGACUCAAAUAUUGGGCUUGAACAAGGAACGGAACAGCCAAAUUCACAACAGGUGUUUGAAGCCAUAUUUUCAGGGAUAUCCACUUCUGUGCCUUUCAGUGCCUCUUUGUUUCUCUGUUUGCAACUUGCUGGUAACAUUGUAAGCUCGGAAGCCAUUUGCCUUUGAGGGGAGUGCCCGCUGAGCUUGGAGUGCCACUGGAAGAGUCACAGAAAGACACAGAAGUGGAGGAGAAGGUCAUGUGAAGUCACCAAUAAAGGUCAGAGUGCGUGUUAGGCUUCAUCUCAUCUUCCCCCGCCACGCCAAUUGCCCCAAACCUUUUGUGAGCGAUGCGCUCCCUUGACACCAAACCCAACUUUCCUAUCGGCCGUGUCUUUGGCACCUUCUUGGGGCAGAAUGGAAUGAGCACUAAAUUACAACGAGAUCUGCGGAAUGGUGAGGGUUUACGAACGUCUAUAUGAAUUCUACAGGAAAAAAAAAACGUUUCAAGAAACCUUUGUCCUCUUAGCCACCAGCUUGACCACAAAGUGCAGUGUGUGUGCGUGCGCGCGUGUGUGCGCGUGUGUUUGUCUGUACCGUGGGCCUUUCCAGUGUUAAUGCAAUCAUCAUGAGGCAGAAUCAAACAACAUGUAUCGGAGAACUCGGGGUGAUGUUUUAUUUUUGAAACUUGGCAACCCCCCCCCCCUCCCACCCCCACGUGUGGAAAACUGCAGGGUUCCAAGACUGAUCUGAGACCUGCACAAGUCCACCAAGGAGAGGUUAAAGGGAGGGAGUUUUGCCUCACGUUAAGGGACAAAUGAUUGUCACAAAAAAUAUUUUUUUAAGAAGAUCCAUGUGAGUAAAGUAGGGUGGGGUGGGAGGGGCAUGGGGAGGGGGGAUUUUAGCCUUGCUGAAUCCUUGUAAAGAGAGUCGUCUAUGGAGCGCCAACUCUGUCGUUACUUGUACAUCAACCCUUCAGUUCAUCUUUUGACUUCUGCUGUCAAGUGACUUAUUUAUUACAGUAGGGGGGCUGCUAUCUUCGUAAAUGAAUUGAAUGAAACAAGAGCCCCUUUGUUUGUUUGAUUUUUCACUGUUUGGGGGGGGGGGGGGGGGGAUAUGCCGCCCUUCCCAGGGGAGCAAUGCUUUACAGCAGGGGUUCUCAAACUGGAGUCUGGAUCUGCAAAACAAAGCUAAUUCAUUAUCUGGAAACUUUAAAAGUUCUUAGCCUAAUUAGCAAAAGUGCCCAUGUCUGGGUUUUUUUUUCUUACGUUUUCGCAAAACGGGAGAAUCCGCAACAAAUUCCAAGAAAGAAAAGUAGUCCAGUUCCCUUGAAGCAACCUUUGCAAAUUCACAUGACCUGGAUGACACGUGCACAUUUUUUUUUUCAUAAUUUCCCAGAAAGUUAGAAAUGACUCGGGCAAUUAUGCUAUUAAGCGAACAAUAUGGGGGACGUCGGCCAAUUAAACAGACACCAAAUUUUACAAAAUAAAAGAUACAAAGUUACAUUUU